CCUAAGGACUCCAUUGUUGUGCACUAGCCAUUUUAUUUAUGGUCCCCCCCCUCGCUUGCCAUAUCAUGACUCCUUGGUGGCACACUCACCAACUUGAUUUGCUCCACCCACUUGCAACUUUGGGCCAACUAAAAACAGUCCAAUCUUAGCCCGUGAGAGAUGAGACCAAUUUGUUAGGCUCUGGGUCAAGCAAGAAGUGGAGUUGACCCACAUAUAAAGCUUGUGGGGUUCCAUUCUAAAACCAUAUGAUAAUAGGAGGAGUAACCACAACCUUAUAAGCUACUCACCACCCUUCAUUUUUACCAACGUGGGACAAUUCUUCUUGGAACACACAUGGGAAACUCUAACAGGAUAGACAAGAAACAGGGUUGCUCGGACAACGAAAUACAGGGGAUCUUUGGUAUCACUGUGCCAGAUUGGCACUUGUCUUAGGAUCAUAGCCUCAUUGUUUAUAGCGAUUCCAGCAGAAAAUGAUCCACACUGGUAAGUUCAGUUUAUACAAAAACCAGUGUCCAAUUUUCACUGACCUUACUAACAGUUGCAACAAUUUCAUACUUUUUUUGUGGGAUUUUCUUUUAUAAAACAAUAAAUAUUUCAUUAUGAACAAUUUCAAUCCAAUCUUACUUCAGCAGCUCAGGUAAGACUCUAUGAGGCAUAAUGCUUGAUAAUGUCCCAGAAAAAGUGAGAGGUAUGGGGAAAAUCCCGAAAAAAGAGAAACAAAUGGGAAAAAUCUCCAAAAAAAAGGAAACAAAUGGGAAAAAUCCCAAAAAUAAGAAACAAAUGGGAAAAAUCCCAAAAAAGAGAAACAAAUGGGAAAAAUAUGUGAUGGGCGAUUUCACGUUGACCUUGAGGGUUCUCUGAUUCCCAAGGUGCACUCUUUUGAAUCCAUGGGCCUUAUGAUCUGACCAAACUUGGGAUAAAUGGAGGGGGGUAGUGCUAAUUUAUUUUUGGGUAAUGAAAGUAUUGAUUUUGUACUUGUAUUCUUUUUUAUUUAAAUAAUUAAAUAGACAGUAUGGGAAAUAGGUCGAUAUAUGUGAAAAUAUGCGACAGUAAAAGGGAGGGGAAAAAUGUGUACAAUACCACCACUACAAGUACCACUAUGUAACACCCAGUGUUUCCUACCAAAUACGGUAAUUUACUCCUCGAACUACGUACUGAGUACACACGUAUUACGUACUGCGUAUUAGUAUUGUGGAACGCAUUGGACUAAUUUAAUAUAGUUGGGUAGCGAAUUGCGUACUCGUACUCGUACCGCUUACUAACACCACUAAUAGAAUAUGUAAUCUUCUAAUUAUGUAAAGCAUAUAUUGUGUAAUCAUCUAAUUAUGUAUAGGCUAUAAUUAGAGAAUAAAUUAGAAUAAUCAGUCAAUCAAUCACGACUAAAUUAACGUGAUUGAUUCUGCAAAUAUUCAAUCAGAAUACUUGCCUUGUAAUAUGUAUAUAUACUCCAAGUCAAUGAAUAACAAAUCACGGAGUUAUACUUCUAACAUGGUAUCAGCAGUUUAAACACAAACACGCAGCCCUAGCCCUCGCCGUAGCCACUGUCUUCUUCCUCUGCUCCGUCAAACACCAUGGCUGGCGAUGACCCAACUCCUUUGCCUCCUUCUACACACCCUGCCCUUACUGUAAGCAACAUCAAAACCUUCAUUCCCGUUAUGUUGGAGCUCGAAUCAUCCCAAUAUGGGUCGUGGGCUGAACUAUUUCAGAUUCAUGCUAGGGCUUUCCUCGUCCUCGACCACAUCAUUCCACCAACUGAUCCGACGGCUGCACCAACGGUGGACAAGGCUCUCUGGUCUCGUAUUGAUGCCAUUGUUCUCCAAUGGAUAUACGGGACGAUUUCUAACGACCUCCUUCACACUAUCAUUGAGCCUGGUUCCACUGCACAAGAAGCAUGGGAUCGUUUGCGAGAACUCUUCCAAAACAACAAAAACUCGCGAGCGGUUCACUUGGAGCAUAAGUUCUCGACGAUUGCUAUGGCCGACUUCCCUAAUGCCACGGCCUACUGUCAGCAACUCAAAAUGCUUGCUGAUCAACUAGCCAACGUUGGCGCCCCGGUAUCCAACCACCGCAUGGUCCUCCGCCUUGUCGCCGGUCUCCCGGGUGAGUAUCGUAAUGUUGCAUCUCAAAUUCAGCACAAAGAUCCUCUUCCUUUAUUUCCUGUUGCUCGUUCUAUGUUGUUAUUGGAAGAAGAUACUUUAAACGCUAGUGCCGCCAUCGAGGCCUCCGCGAUGGUGGCUGCCACAAAUGAUACCCAUGACCACCGUGAUAAUGGUAACAAUAAUUACCACGGUGGCCGUGGGAAUCGCAACAAUUACAGGGGGAAAAAGGGAGGUGGCCGUGGUGGCGGUCGCGGAAAUUCAGACCACCGUGGGCAUGGUGGUCGUGGCAAGGGAGGCAGUGUCCGUGGUGGUGGCCACGGUGGCCACGGUGGGACGCCCAACCAGCCACAGCAACAAGGUUGGGCUCAGCCACAACAACUCUUCUUUCCAUGGAUGCAACAUUGGGCCCCUCCAUGCCCAUAUCCAACCAACCAUUGGGCUCGUCCAUCAGGCCCAGCUAAUCAGCAGGCUGGUAUUCUUGGCCCAAGGCCAGCACAGGCUUUCACUGCGGCAGGGCCUUCUUAUUGCCCAACGGACAUCGAUCAUGCAAUGCACACUAUGUCUCUUCACCAACCCGAUCCUAAUUGGUACAUGGACACCGGUGCCACUUCCCACAUGACGUCUAAUCAAGGACUACAAGACGGGGACGCAUCUCAUGAGAUGUGAUAGCAAAGGCGACCUCUAUCCCAUCCCCUCCUCUCUCAAAACUCAAGCCAUUUCACCAUCCGCUUUUGCUGCUAUCUCACCUACCUUAUGGCAUGACCGAUUAGGCCAUCCGGGUGCCCCUAUUUUAUCGUCUUUAUGCAAAAAUAAG